CUUAAAAAAUAAAAGAUUUAUUAAUUAAAUAUUAUUAGGGUUAUGUUUUUUACUUAUUCCAUAAUUAAAAUAGGCCAUUCAUAUUUAGUUUAAUUAUUAUAUUUAUAUAAUUUAGCUGGCAAAUAUCUAUGAUUUUUAAUGUUCAAACAGCCGAAGAUAUUGAAGGAAUUAUGAAAUAUAAAUUUAUUUAAUAUUUAUUUCUCAUUUAUAGUUAAAACUUAAAUUAAGUAAUGUUCUAUAUUGUCAUUUGUAUCAAUCUAUUUAUAUUAAUAAUUUUUAUACUGUAAUAAUUACAGUAAUAUUUAGAUAUGAAAUACGAUAUGUUUUAUAUACUUUUUAGAUUUGUAUUUAUAACUUACAAUUAUGUUUUUUAUUUCCUGAAAUAUUUUAUACAAUAAUGCGAUUUCAAAGCGAAUAUAUGUAUUCAACUUUGAAUAUGUCUUUAACCAUAUUUUAUUAUACAGUUUUUGUAAUUCAUGAUUAAGAUUAUUAAAUUAUAUCGCUCGAUUUUUUAGGAAAAAGGAAAUACUAUUUAUGGGAUAUAAUUUACUUUAUAUUUUUAUUAGUUCUCUCUUAAACAUAUUAAAUUGAAAUAAAAUAUUUAUAAUCAACCUUAUGUUAAUUUUUUUUUAUUUUUAAUUUAUCAAAAUUAUUUACAUGCUAAUAAUAUAACUGUUAAUAAAUAAUGAUUUUAAAUGUAUAUUUAUAAUUAUUUUUAUUAAUGCUUAAUACUUAUAUUUGCAUAAGAAUAUAUGUUGGUGAUGGCUGCUCUUUUAUCAUUGCUUUGCUAAUUAUAGCAACUAUUUCAUAUCGAUUCGCAAAACUUUAUGAAUAAUACAAUUUUAGGAUUUAAAAUUAAUCAUAAAAUAUAGAGAUUAAAACUUAGCCAUAGGAUUUGGAUUUAUAUUUAAGAAUUCUCUUAAGCUUUUAGGAUAUAGAUUAUUUAUCCUAUAGUAAUAGAUAAGAAGGUUUAAUUUUAGAAAAUAUUACUUUAACUCAUAUAAUAAAUUGCCAAAAGCAUAAUUAAUGUUUUUGUGAAUAGCAUAUAAAUAAUAUUUAAUAGUUUUAAGAAAACAUAAUAGGGGAAAAGAGGAGAAGAGCUUUCUUUUGUUAGUUUAUAAAACAGACAUAUGUAGAUUUAAUAGAAAAGCUUGUAAUAAAUAAAAAGUCUAUUAAUGGAUUAAAUGAGCUAGCAUUUAGUUAUUUUUACUUCCUUUUAUAAGUACAUAAACAUAAAGCAAUAACAUUUAUAGAAAUACUAAGAUUUUCAAAUAAAUUGAAUCUUUCCUUAAGAGAGUAAUGCUUAGUAAACUAUAUAUGUGAACUUGCAGAAAAAUUUUAUACAUAAAGAGAAGAAAAUCAUACAGAAAUUAAAAAAAAAAAAAUAGAUAAUUUUUAUAAUUAGAAACAUAAAAAAUCUGUUUAUAUAAAAGAAAUAAAUUAAUUGGAUUUUAGUCAGGUCCUUUAUUUUGAUGAAAAUUUUUAAGAAUUUAAGGAUAAAUUAUAUAACACUUUAUAAUAAAAACAAAUUUUUUUAAGCAUAAUAAAUAAAGAUUUUAUAAAUUUAUAUGAAUUAUAAAAAUAAGGAAAGGAUUGUAUAAAAAAUAUAGAUAAAUUAGAAGAAGAAAUACAAAAAUUAAUAAAAAUAAAUCCUUUUUGUGAAGAAUUAAACUAAUUUAUUUAAAUAUUUAUAAAUUAUUUAGGAUUUGAUAUAAGAAAAAAUUAAUUUAAAUUAAUUUAAUAAUCUUAGUACAAAAGGAAAAAAUAAUAAAGAAUAAAUACUGACAUCUUUACAAAAAACUCAUCAAUAAUAUAUAUAACAUUAAUAAACAAAGUUGGCUAAAUAAGAAAAGUAUAGUCGAAUUUCCAAAAUGUAUUAGGUUAUAAGCCUGAGGAAAUAUUAAAUAAAGACUUAAGUAUAUUUAUUCCAUAAAAAAUAAAGCAAAGUCAUAAAAUAAUGAUUUAAAAUCAUAUAAUAGAAGAUUAAGUGACAUAAUCAAGUUAAAGAAAAAAUUAUUUACCAUUAAUAAUUGCAGAAAAUAAAUAAGGAUUUGGUGUUCCGUUAUCUAUAUUUAUUAAAUCCCAAAAAAUGACUAAUACAAUUGAAAAUCAUAAUGAUUUUGGACUUAUAGCUAAUAUUAAAAGUAUUGAAAAUGAAUAUUUCUAUAUAAUGACAUCUUUAAAAUCUUUCAAAAUUCAAUUAAUGUCAGAGAAUUACUAUAAGAAAGUUUUUUGGAGAUAUUCUUUAUAAGAAAAUCUAAAAAAAAUUUAUUUAAAUAAAAUAAUUCCUCUUCUUCAUUAUUUUCAGAUUUAUUCUAAAAAUGAAAAUCCUGUUGUUGGUCAUGAAGAUAUUACGGUUUCUACUCUUGCUUUUUUGCCUAAAGACAUUUUUAUUUAAGAAAAUUAACAAAGGAAUUUCCCAAAAUUAGAAUUUUGUUAAAAAACAUAAAUUUAAGAUUUAGAAUAAGCACUUAAUAAAUAUAAAAUAUAACUUUUUGAUAUUUAUUAAGUCAGAUUAAAGUUAUAUUUAAUCUAAAACUAAUAAUUUUCUUUUAAUAUAAUUGAAAUUCAAAGCUUUAAAUUAAUUUAAAAUACAUAAGAAUAAAUAUAAAACUUGAAAAUUAUUUAAAACUAAUUAUAAUAGUUUCUUAAUAUAAAUUUUAAAAUUGAUAAAAAUAUUGAAUAUUUGGAAUCGGUCUUAAAUACUUAAAAUUAUUCUGAAAAUCAAUCUAUUAUUUCUAAUAAAAUAAUUACUUAAGAUAAUAUAUAUACUUAAAACACAAGAUCUUAACAUUUCUAAUCUUAAUUAUCCUAAAAUAAAAUUACAUAAAAUGAAAAUAAUACUAAUUCAAACUCAUAAAAUUUGGAUCGCAACUAUAUUUAGAAACAAAGAAUUCUAAAUGCUCAGUAUAAUAAAAUAAUACAUAAUAAAAUAAUACAUCAUAUAAUACAUUAAGCAAUAUUUAAACUGUUAAAACUUUUUUUAGAAAAGGGAAACAUGGAAGAACUACAAAAUAAAAAGAUACAGGAAUUUUCAAAUAAAAAUAUUUAAAAAAUAAAAAUCUUUUAGAAGGUGAGAAUAAUUCUUUGAAUUUCUAAAGUUAAUAUUUUUCAAAUAAAGAAGAAGAAGAUAAUGAAAAUAUUAAUUUACAUUUUGAUAAAUCAUCUAAUAAAACAAGCCAGAACUAAAAUAAUAAUCAUUAAAGAGUUUUUUAUAUAAAAAAAAUUAAAUAAUAUAAAGGUGAUAAUUGUUUAAGAAUAUUUAAUUAUUUUUCUAUUAUAAAUAUUAUAGCAAUAAUAAUAUUCAUGAUAUUUCUAAAUUUAAAAUCAAUAAAUGCAUUUAAAAUUGUAAAAAAUAAUUUUUAAUUUUUAACAUUUCCACUUGCAAUGAAAACACUAAUAAAUGAAUAUUUUAGUUAUUUUUAUUUAAAAUAACUAUAAUAAAAAGAUUUUUUUCCAAGUCUAUUUUAAUAGUAAGAACUAAUUAAUUAAAGAAUGCUACAAGCUGCAUCAUAAUAUUAUGAUUAUGUUUAUUAUUUUUAGAU